CACUGACUGACAGUGAGCGAGGGGUGGGAUCAUGGAAUGUUCUGUGUCUGACCCUGGCAUAGUGAAAGUGGAAGGAGAAGAGUCUACCCUCCUGUGGCAGUGUGGCACAGUCACUGUCUAGAGACUCUACUCUAGACCUUCCGGACUGGCAGCGCUGUAGGCAGCAGCUGAGCUACGCUGCACGGGAACUAAGCGGUGAAGAGACUUUUGCUGGUUUGGAUCUUUCUUUCAAGAAGAAACUAGAAAGCUGUGCAGCUGUAACGGGCUGGUGUCGGUGAUGAUGGAUGGUUUCCGCAGCUAACGUGUGACUGAAAGGUUUGCAAGACGUCCUCAAAGACAGUCCUACAAUCACACCAAAUGUGGGGAAUUUGUGAUGUUCUACCGGAAUUAUGGAACUACAGCAGCCUAGACAGCAGUCAUAUGUUCAUAUAAUAAAAACAAGUCGAGAGACAUUGGUUGAGUUAAUUAAAAACAGCCAGUGUUUACUUGAUAAUUUAACUAGCAAUGGCUACUUUUCCACUGAAGAUGCUGAAAUUGUUCUACAAUUUCCAACACGGGCAGACAGGGUUCGUCAGAUUCUGGAUCUGGUGGGGAGUAAAGGAGAGGAGGUUGCUGAGUGUAUCAUAUAUAUACUUCAGAAAGUGCCUGAAGCUUAUUUUGAUUUGAAAUCUUGGUUGAAAGAAAUCGAUUUUCAAGCGUCAGAACAAAUGAAGACUAUACAUAUUGCAAACAAUGACCCUGUUACUAUGUAUAGCAAGAAGCUCAAACAAGAGUUGUGUAGUGGUUCCAAAUUUGUAAAGUCUUACACCAAUAAGGAGGAGAUGAUGCUCCAAGAAACAUACAUCAGUGGCGUCAUGGAGCUGAUCAGUGCUAGAAAUGAAACCAUGGGACGCGUAAAAGAUUUACAUUCCUUGUUUGAUGACAGUGGGGUAAUCAAUGAAGAUGGAGAAACUACUUUCAUCUUUGGUGAUGCUGGCAUGGGAAAAACGCUUUUGAUCCAAAAAAUGCAGAAUAUGUGGGCCAAAGGAGAAUCCUAUUGUGAUAUUAAAUUCUUUUUUAGGUUUCGAUGCCGGACUUUUAUCUUUUUUAAAACGAACACUGACAUGUCUCUGAAGGACCUAAUCUUCAAAUACAAUUGCAUUCCGGACCAUGAUCCAGAAGAAGUAUUUAGAUAUAUUAUUACAUUUCCAGAAACUGUUUUGUUCACCUUUGAUGGCUUUGAUGAAAUACCUUCCAAUUUUGACCUGAACAGUGUUCCACAUGUGUCCUCACCCACUGACUUGACCCACCCAGCAGCUUUACUUGUGCACUUAUUAAGUGGAAGAUUAUUGAAAGGGUCUAAAAAAGUUUUAACAGCAAGGACAGGUUGUCAGGUCUCUGAAAACUUUGUCCGUAAGAAAAUAAUGCUGCGUGGCUUCUCUACGGAUAACCUAAAGGAAUAUACUAGUUUAUUCUUUAAGGAACCUGAUAUUCAAAAGCGUGUGUUAAACCACCUGGAAGCUAACCACAACUUCUGCAGCUUGUGUUCAAUCCCCUUAUUUUGCUGGAUAAUCUUUAAGUCUUAUGAACACUUUUACUCUAAGAAUGAGAAUCAUGAGUUUUCAAGCAGUUCAGUAACACUUACAGACAUCUUUUUACUCAUAACUGAAGUUUACUUGAGCUUAUCUAAUACUGAAACCAAAAGGAGUCAGAUUGAGACUUAUGAAAGAGGUCAAGACACCUUGCUGUCCAUUGGAAAGUUAGCUUACAGUGGAAUGGACAAUUCACACUUUGUUUUUGACCAAGAUUUCAUUGCGUCUCUUAACAUUCCAGAGAAAGAUCUCCAGUUGGGAUUCCUCAGAACAGUGGAUAACUUCAGUGAAUGCGAUGAUAAAGCUUCUUUUGAAUUUUUUCAUGUGACACUUCAAUCUUUCUUUACUGCCUUAUUUCUUGUAAUUAACAGACAAACAAGCAUUACAGAGCUCCUGAAAUAUUUCAACUAUUGUACAUACUUCCAGCAUGAAGGACCACAACCCUCUCUGAUGUCCUGUGUUUGUGCAAAGAAGCUCAAACAGGGUGAUCCUUUCACAAAUAACAAUCACUUGCAGUUCAUCAAUCUUUUUCUCUGUGGUCUGCUCUCCAAGCCGAAACAAGGCCUUUUAAAGAACCUAGUAUCAAAAUCAGUUUUGAAAGGCAAGAGAAAAGCCCUCAAGCAACAGCUCUUCAAGAGCGUAAAAUGUCACUUAAAAAACUUGCCCCGUUCACCUUUUAUGGGGUAUAGCAGGGUCCAUGCACUGACUAACUUCAUCUGGAUGGCACGAUGCAUAUUGGAGACUCAGUGUGAGAAAGUGGGGAAACUUGCAGCCAAGGGCAUAUGUGCUGAUUACAUUAAGCUAAGUUUCUGUGAUGCUUCUUCCUCUGACUGUGGGGCCAUCUCUUUUGUGCUGAAUCAUUAUCGGAAACAAAUCGCUUUGGAACUGGACAAUAACAAUAUAAAUGAUUAUGGAGUGAAAGAGCUCAUACCAUGCUUCAGAAAGCUCACUGUGGUUAGACUAAGUGUCAAUCAGAUCACAGAUGGUGGUGUAAAAGUUUUGGCUGAGGAAUUACCAAAGUAUAAGAUCAUCAGCUUUCUUGGAUUGUACAAAAAUCUCAUAACUGAUUAUGGAGCAAGAUAUGUAGCAAGAAUCAUUAUAGAAUGCCCCAAGCUCAAAUACCUGAAGUUGGGAUUGAAUCAGUUCACUGCUGUGGGUGGUAAACUUAUUGCUCAAGCUCUUCAAAAGAACAACAGUAUUUUCGACAUUGGUAUGUGGGGGAACCAAAUUGGAGAUGAAGGGGCACAGGCAUUUGCAGAAGCUCUAAGGAAUCACCCUAGUCUGACAGAGUUAAGCCUGGCGUGCAAUAAGAUUUCCACUGUAGGAGGUGCAAGUAUCGCUGACGCGUUACAGCAAAACACAUCUCUGAAGAUAUUGUGGAUGACAGAAAACAAGCUCUCUGAUGAGGCAGCUGAGAGGUUUGCUGAAAUGCUAAAAGUGAACAAGACUCUUCGACACCUUUGGCUGGUACAGAAUAACAUCACGAACCAUGGAGCCAACCUCCUGGCAGAAGCCCUGGACUAUAACAUGACUUUGGAGGAGAUUUGUUUACAUGGAAACCCACUUAUACCUGAUGAGAAUGAACCUUUUCAAAAAAACUCCCGGAUCUUCUUCAACAAAAUCCAGUAAUGCUGAAGAUUUGGAAAUAUAUGAACAUCAACCUGAUUGAGCUGAGGAACAUUUACCCUCUCAGCCCUGAGUAAUACACAGUCCUGUGUAACACUCUGUUUUAUAUAACACGUUGCUGAUAUCGCAAACAUGCAGCGAAUAGUAAAGCAAUAUUCUCAGACAUACGGUUUCUGUGUGAAAACAAAGACUCAUGUUUAUACAUUUGAAGGACAGAACAAUAAAUAAGUGAAGUUGAUGGUUAUUUUCUACUGAGAGGAACAAUCCACGUGCUUUAUUGCUGAGUCAGGAGUAGGUUUUUUUUACAUUUAGUUUGUAAAUAAAUAAAAAAACAAAUGUGCCCACAAAUGAAUGUAGAUUGGCUAUGUAGACAGACGACAGAAAGAAUAAUAGUUCUUUUUGUAUAUCACCUUAAAACGGCAAAUAAAGCCACUAUUAUACAUUAGUAUAUACAUGUAUUGUGCAUUGCUGGUCUGACUAACCCAUGAAAUUACUGGAGUGUUUGUGCUUAGUUAAAUAUGUCCACUACUGCAUACUGGCCCUCAUUCCGAGUUGAUCGGUCGCAAGGCGAAUUUAGCAGAGUUACACACGCUAAGCCGCCGCCUACUGGGAGUGAAUCUUAGCUUCUUAAAAUUGCGACCGAUGUAUUCGCAAUAUUGCGAUUACUAACUACUUAGCAGUUUCAGAGUAGCUCCAGACUUACUCUGCCUGUGCGAUCAUUUCAGUGCUUGUCGUUCCUGGUUGACGUCACAAACACACCCAGCGUUCGCCCAGGCACUCCCACCGUUUCCCCGGCCACUCCUGCGUUUUUUCCGGAAACGGUAGCGUUUUCAGCCACACGCCCCUGAAACGCCGUGUUUCCGCCCAGUAACACCCAUUUCCUGUCAAUCACAUUACGAUCGCCGGAGCGAAGAAAAAGCCGUGAGUAAAAAUACUUUCUUCAUAGUAAAGUUAUUUGGCGCAGUCGCAGUGCGAACAUUGCGCAUGCGUACUAAGCGGAUUUUCACUGCGAUGCGAUGAAAAAGAACGAGCGAACAACUCGGAAUGAGGGCCACUGUCUUUUACUUGCAAACAUCAAGCUCACUACCUGGAUAAAGCAGUCCUUCUUUAGAGUGAGUGCUGCAAGUUUUAAAAAACAUUUUAUGUCAUGAAUAGGUCACAGACUGUUACUGAAGGAAUACAGACGGAAAAGAUUUGUGUUGCCUGGUCAAGUCAUAAUAUAUAUGUUGAUCAAAAGUUACAAUUUGUAUGCAAACUAUAAAUAUAUAUUUCUGUUUGUUGUACAUAGCAUAAUUUGUAUGUGACAAUUUUUAUAUAAGCUUCAUAUUUUGGAUAUAGAAUGUAUACAUUGCAUUAUUUACUAGCAGUAAU